AUGGCGGAACACCAGGACGAGAACCUGCAGCUGUUCGACCAGUUGAGGGUCUGCAUAGUCUGCUCCAAGGACCUUAGCCCAGAUGUCGCCCACCAGCUCGCGUCUACCUUAGAAGCCCAUGGCGGCGAACCGGUCGUUUACGAGCCUCCGGCCGACUUCCCAGACCUUGGGACUUUCAGUCAUAUCAUGUCAACUACAAUCGAUUUUCCUCAGUUCGACGCUGCGAAAGACGCCUUGAUUCCGGUCGUCAAACCCCAGUGGAUGCACGCAUCGCUGGCAAAGGGAAAGCUCAAUAACGUCCGGCAAUACAGCCCCGAUCCCAGACUCUUUUUGAACGACGUUGUUGUCACAUGCGGUGAUAUCCCAGAAGGUGAUAAGGAUGCCAUCAUUGGCGGGGUUUUAGCGAAGGGUGGUCUCUAUAACCCUAGAGUCACUGGGCUGUGUACUCACCUUGUUGAUUUGACCAUUGAUUCGGACAAAGCCAAGCAGAUCAAGCAACGAAAGCUCAACGUCAAGAUUGUUCUUCCUCACUGGUUCGACGACUGCUUGAAGCUUGGACGGCGAAUUGAUGAACGACCUUAUACGCUCCCUGACCCUGAAAUUCUUCGCUCAGCACCAGACGCGCCUAUCCGAUCUGCAGAGAGCCGCGACAUUAUCGGGGCAUCUACCCCAGAGCCUAAGCUGCCCGCGCCACUUGCUUCUCCUUCUAGGCCCAAGUUGAGCGUCUUUCAAGGAAGAGUUGUUAUGCUCUCAUCGGACCUGGAAAUCGGCUCGCGCCUUCAAAACACGAUAUCAGGGAUAAUCGAAGAAAAUGGAGGCAAGAUAACCAGUGAAGUUUCCAAGGCAACUACCUUCAUCUGCCGCUACAGAGAUGGAUUUAACUACCGUGUCGCUUCCAGGUUGAACAAGGAUGUCGGAAAUCUGUCAUGGCUUUAUCAUCUGAUGACCUACGAUACUUGGACUUCUCCCUUUCGACGCCUAUUACACUAUCCGGUGCCAAAAACCCCUAUACCGGGAUUUGAGAAGUUCAAGAUCAGCUUGUCUAAUUACGUUGGCGAAGCACGGUCAUAUCUGGAGCAUUUGAUCACAGCCACGGGUGCGGAAUGCACCAAGACCCUGAGGCAGGAAAACACGCACUUGGUGACUGCUCAUGAUAACAGUGAAAAGUGUGCUGCAGCAAGAGAAUGGGGGUUGGAGGUUGUCAAUCACCUUUGGCUAGAAGAAUGUUACGCGCAAUGGAGGAUACUUCCUAUUUCUGACAACCGAUACCACCAUUUUCCCCGACGAACGAACUUGGGCGAGGUUGUAGGCCAGACCAGAUUGGAUCGGUCUGUUCUCGAGAGUAUGUUCUUCGCGUCAGCAGAGACGCCAUCGGCACCUCCACGAAAGGCAAUGCAUAAGAGAGACCAAAACAUCGCAUCCAAGAAAGACUUGAGCUCCUCCAUGGAUAUCGAUGAGACAACUGUGUCCGACACCGCAAACGCCACACCAGUGGGCAAGUCAAAGAAGAAAACGAACCUACAGACACCUUCCCAUCUACGUCUUGCUCCUGAUGGCAAGGAAAACGAUACCCCGUCCUCUACCAGCAGCCGCAAAUCCAAGGAGGCGGCAACAGCUAGGCUACAUGAGAUUGCACCAGACAUCGCGCUGUACGAGAAGGAGAAGAAGCGUGUCGGUGGUGUGAUCUACGGUGGCCGGAAGAAGACGGACGAAGAUCGAGUGAUUUUGAACAACAGCAAGAAACGAGCAUCAAUUGAGGCUCAGUCCGAGAGUGAGGGAGAGGACAAUGCGGAAUCUAAGCGGCAAAAGAAGUCAAAGCCCCCUAUCACAAUGCAUCUGCUCAUAACCGGCUAUCAACGCUGGGUGAACAACAUCAAAAAGGAGGAUGCCGACAAGCGUCAACUCCGGGAGCUCGGGGUCAUGGUCGUUCAAGAUGCACGCAAAUGCUCCCAUCUCGCUGCACCGUCUGUCCUGCGCACUCCAAAAUUCGUCAAUGGGCUCGCAUAUGGCCCGAUGAUUAUUCAGAUCGAGUUUAUCGACCAGUGCCUGAAGAAGAACAAACUUCAAGAUCCCAGCGAUUUUCUUCUUGACGACAAGGAGGCGGAAAAGAAGUUUGGGUUCUCGUUGGAACAGGCCAAGGCCAACGCGAAGGCGAACAAAAACAAACUUCUUCACGGAUACCACUUCUACUGUGACGAGAAUAUUCGUGGAGGAUUUGCAGCUUUCCAGUCCAUCGUCAACGCGAAUGGGGGAGAGUGCAAUUUGUUCCGAGGCCGUGUUUCCCAGCAAGCACCACGCGGAGAGAAUGAGCGCGAAAACGGCGAGGUUUACCUCCUCAGUAGUGCAUCUCCCGACCACCAGAAAUUGUGGCCACGAUUCAGGCAGCUGGUGAACAAUAUGGGCAAGACCCCGCGUAUCGUGCGAGUCGAUUGGCUCCUGGAUAUGGCGAUGUCUCAGGAGCUGCGUGGCGCUGAGGACUAUGAGCUCAACGAGGAGAUGAUUGAGCAGUCAGAGUGA